AUGCCCGCAAGCUUCCAGUCAUCUUCACACUUGGUGGAUGGUUUGGUGAGCAACGGCCAGCUACGCAACUUUCAGAUCAAGGCAGAUGAGCCAGCGGGCUUUGGUGGGCAAGACUCCGCUCCAAAUCCUGUUGAGAUUUUGCUCUUUUCCUUGGGCGCCUGUCAAGAGAUCACCACCAAGGCUUUUGCCAAUGCCAUGGGUGUGCCGCUCGGCAAAGUCUCGGUGGAGCUCACUGGGCACAUCGACCUUCGAGGAUUCUUUGCGGUGGACGAGUCUGUCCGUGCGGGCUUCAACAAGAUUGAGGGCACAUACACAGUCGAGUCACCAGCAGAGACCGAGACCAUCGAGCAGUUGAAAGCUGUGGUGGAUUCUCACUGCCCGGUGAAGGAUAUGUUGCAGGGAGUGCCCAUGGAUAUUAAGCUGAAGCACGUGAAGAAGCCGAGGAAGGGCUUCAUCGCGGCCCAGCUGCUGCGCUCGGUGGGCGCUUUGUUCAGCCUGUUGCGCUCCAGUGAGCCGAAGUUUGUGAAGUGUGUGAAGACCAACACCACCAAGCAGGCGAUGAUCAUAGAUGAGGAGACCGUGAAGGGCCAGCUUCACACUCUGAGCAUCAUCGAGUCAUUGCAAACGGAGCGACAGGGCUUCACCUACAAGAAGCUUUACAAAGAGUUUCUGGAAGAGCACAGCUCUCUUUGCGUGGCGGUUCACGGCUGCGUGCCUUGCGGGCCGGGCUGGGCUGCGCAGGUGGCGGCCAGGGGCGGCGACGAGGCUGCGGCGGCCAAGAAGAUGGUCUCCGAGAUCUUGGACGCUGUGGGCUCCCCUGACUCGCGCGCCCGGCGCGCCUCGUUGCUGCAGAUGCGGCCCUCCGAUCAGCAGCGCGAAGGAUUCGCCUUCGGCAUCAGACGUGUGUUCCUGACGAAUGCCAUGCAGGAAUGGUGUGAGGCCAUGAGGCGCCGCGCGCGCGCUGCAGUGGACGACUAUGCCGCGUCCAUGCAGGCAGCUCUCCGUGCCGGGCGCUCGGAGCGGCUGAGGAUUGGUCUCAGGCUGAGCGUAGCUUCCGGACGGAUCGCCGGAUUUCACUCGGCUCGGCUGAUGGACGUGUCGCUGCCCGCGACCUCCAGGCGGAUCGAUCCGCAUUGGGGUUAG